GUAAUGUUUCACAUAACAUUCUAUAUUCCAGCAGACAGCUAUGUCCUUCAACGAUGAGAAUCCAGUAUCAUCAUCGACCAUAACAAGUGAAUCCUCCUCCCAGGAGGAGAUGCUGGAAGCAGCAGCAGUCAGACGCAGACAAAGAAACAGGGAUUCUGCAAAGAAUUACAGAGAGAGACAAAGAAUAGAAAUGGAGAAACUAGAGACAGACUUGGCCAGAACUCAGGAUGUCAAUGAAAGAGGGAGAAGGGCUCUGAGACGAAUGAAAAAUGAGAACCAGAAAGAAAGUGAGAAAGUAAGCAACUUAGAGAGACAAGAAGAGUCUGUGAGGGAAGAAGGAAGAACCAAGAAAAGGAUUCUACGAGAGAAGAAAAUUAAGAAAAUGAUGUUGAGACAUCAGGGUGAGUUAGUGUUGGAAACUUUACCAGAUAAUGACCCACUUAAAUCUUAUUUAAGUGACCUACUGAGUCGUUAUACGCCUGUUUAUCAUCAGUAACAUCACUACUAGUAUAUACACUUAAAAGUGUAUAUCUGUCAAUGUAUAUACACUGAGAAGUGCGUAUCUGUCAAUGUAUAUACUCUGAGAAGUGCGUAUCUGUCAGUGUAUAUACUCUGAGAAGUGCGUAUCUGUCAGUGUAUAUACUCUGAGAAGUGCGUAUCUGUCAGUGUAUAUACUCUGAGAAGUGCGUAUCUGUCAGUGUAUAUACUCUGAGAAGUGCGUAUCUGUCAGUGUAUAUACUCUGAGAAGUGCGUAUCUGUCAGUGUAUAUACUCUGAGAAGUGCGUAUCUGUCAAUGUAUAUACUCUGAGAAGUGCGUAUCUGUCAGUGUAUAUACUCUGAGAAAUGCGUAUCUGUCAAUGUAUAUACUCUGAGAAGUGCGUAUCUGUCAAUGUAUAUACUCUGAGAAGUGCGUAUCUGUCAAUGUAUAUACUCUGAGAAGUGCGUAUCUGUCAAUGUAUAUACUCUGAGAAGUGUGUAUCUGUCAAUGUAUAUACUCUGAGAAGUGCAUAUCUGUCAAUGUAUAUACUCCAAGAAGUGCAUAUCUGUCAGUGUAUAUACUCUGAGAAGUGCGUAUCUGUCAAUGUAUAUACUCUGAGAAGUGCGUAUCUGUCAAUGUAUAUACUCUGAGAAGUGCGUAUCUGUCAGUGUAUUGU